GUCAGUUCCUCUCCCCAGAGACCUAGCGACUUUCCAUUAGACGAGAGUCCCAUAGCUAUUUUCUUCUUUCGUACAAUGCUACAAUAGCAAGCCCAAAAGAUUUGCCGUCGUGAGCAUGGCCCUGCACUCAGCGCCAUCUCGUGGCAGUACCGAUGCCCUCUCGGUCUGGUUGCUAUCCAAUGGCGGACCAACACUCCUGAGUACGAUUACUGUUUAUCGCCCAACCCCGGAGCUCGUGUGGAACUUCCCAUGCCUUCAGGCUUGGGACAAGACCCACCAGCGGUAGAAAAGGCACACCAUCUGCAAAAAUCUUUGGCUGGUUUUGCUUCCCGUUCUAGUCACGGUCUACCACGCUCGCUCACGUAAUACGGCAGGCUUGCUGUUCUCAAUAUCAUCGUUUGGCAGUUGAUUUUACGCUGCAAUGAUCUCGGGCUGGAAAACUCUGGUGGUGGGCAGUCUCUUAGGAGUUGCUCAUGGUACAUACACUACUUACUCCAAUACAACGAGUUCAAAAAGCGCAACCUCGACAUUGUGCGAUACAGCAACGCAAACUCUCACAGUUACGAGCACCGAGAAGGGAGCAUGCCCAGGGGGAGGAGGAGGUUAUCCAACGCCAUGUAAUCCAGUGACCGUAAAAUCGACAAUCACGAUUUCAGCAUCUCCAUUGACGAUAUAUCCCUCCGCCCAAACAAUCACAAUUUCGGCCUCACCAGUGACAAUCAUUAAGCAAUGUGGUGAACAUGGAGCUCCAGCUUGCUCUACUGUUGUCAAACAGUGCGGGGGGUACGGAGCGCCACCUUGCUCUACGAUCAUUAAGCAAUGUGGAGGACAUGGGGCGCCGCCAUGCUCUACGGUAACUGUACCGGCUUCUGCGUCAACAAUAACCAAGAUAUCGACUUUGACUGUGGUUUCAACGCAGGCCGGAACUGGGUAACUCCAACUUUUUCGAAAUUGGUAAGAUUCGCUAACAUAUUUCAGCACUACCAAGACUGAUACCGCUACCUCUACAACGACUGAUGAAAAGACGUUAGUUCCAAAUCUCUUUAUGAGGAGCAUUCAGUGCAUCUGGAAGAAUGGGUUACUGACAUCUAGUUUCAGAACCACCAAAGAGGUCCUGACCACUACUACAAGCCUGAUCACUACGGUAUGAAUAUAUUCGAUCUGUUUUCUGGCUCUGAACUAAUAAUUUGAUAGUCAAUUCCUUACACUGUGACUACGACCAAUUCAGUUGGGUAUGUCCAAAGCAUCAUUAUCUUGAAAAAGAUUUAACAAGUUCCAGCUAUCCCGUAACUACUGUUAUAUGGAGUACAAUAACGGAAACCACCACUUGCAUCGAGACUGUAUGUUCUUGCCUUCCGCAAGCAUUCUUACUGAGAGCUAACAUACAAAAUAGGUCCCCACUACGGUGCUUGAACCUACCACGGUGGUGAGUGUAUCUAUCAAGGAUAAUACAAAGACCACAACCGAUUAUAAGACAAGCUCAGUAAGUUGAAUACGGCUACGUAAAAAAAUAGACAUCUCAUCUGUUAAUUGGUAAUGAAUACGGGAUAAGCUGACAUGUCAUGCGCGUUAGUACACUACGACCAGGAAUAUUACGUACACAACGGUAAAAGAUUCGGUUUUCCGGAACUGAAUCACAUGCUAAUAUGUUAGUAGUCCUACCUGGUGACUGUGAUUUCGGACCAUACGCUUUGGACAACCUCGCUGGUAACCACCGUAAGAUUGAACAUUCUGGGCUGCGCUGCUGCGGCCUGUUUUUUCCAAGGCUGAAAAUGUCUAGGUUUCCACGUACAAGACAACAGCUACGAGUACACAGCCAGUAAGCUUUAUCUUUUCUCUGUUGUAGUCUUCAAAAUCUCUCCUAGUCGGUGUGUUGGGAGGUUUUCGCUUAAUCCCGAACGAGGCCCUGAAGUCUCGGGGUUAAGCGAAAACCUUAUUAUCUGAACUGCUGGAAAUCUUAGGAAAUUGAAUCCAACCUUUUGGCUCAAGAUUCUUGACCAAAUGAACUUACCUUCAAUUCUGGGCAGGUCCAACCCAAUCAGGCGUGGGCUUCUGUCUCGCUACCUCAAAAUUCGCUUAUUCGAUUACUUACAUUGUGUCCAGACUACGGUUCCUACCACGCUCAGAGAGACUUCUACGACUAAGCUAUACUUUACAUCUAAUUACGUCACGACUUUCGUUUCAAGUUAUCCGGUUUAUACGACAAUCGAUCACUCAACUACUUUGACCAAGUAUAACACUACAACGGAGACGAGUACUGUCACGUCAACGUAAGCAAGGCCCCGAUUUCAUCCUUCUAAAACCUUCCCACGAGUAUAUGAGAGCAAGCUCGUCUUUUUUAAUUGUUUCGGUUCUCAAUUGAAUGAAAGAAAUACAUACUCAUUCUUUUGUAGCAAAACCAAUACUGCGACCACAACACAGCUCUCUAUAAGUACCUACACAUCGGUUUCGACAUCUAUCUAUACCACUAAGAUUCCAACCCUAAUAACCGUGCAUGAUUCUACUACGAUAACGCGAUAUUCUACAAAGAUUAGUACUAGUCUUUCUACGCUCACGAAAACCUCAACUCGGACCGUCCCAACCACAUACACUUCGGUAAUAACGUCCAUUUCGGUCACCCGAAUUCCGACAACAACUACCGUAGAUCACUCCUCCACAAUAACGGAGUUUUCGACACGUACUAGUACUUAUCUCUCAACUGUUACCCACACGAGCGUUUCUACGGAAAAGGUCCCCACAACUGUCAUUUCCUGGCAUACGACCACGUUGACUCGGACAUCGUCUUAUUCCUAUCCGGUUACAGAAACAGUUGAUCACACAAUAAAAACCACCAGCACAGAUAUCUCGCUUAGCACUUACACGACUGUUUCCUCGUACCUGUCAACUUUUACCUCCUUUGUACCAGUACCGACUACGACCACGGAAAUUGAGCUCGAAACUUCAACUUUUACCCUUCCAGUUACUGUUACUACGUCAAUUUCAGGCUCCUUAACAGCGCUGACGACGCCUACGACUAUAAUAUCAAUGUAUGUGUUCUUAUUUCUCUGCUUAACCGUUUCCUGAAUCGCUUCUUUUGAAGCCUUUCCCUCAAGCUGGUAUAACUUAUUGCGCAUUCCUUGAAAGUGCUCCAAAAAGGCUUCUAUUGUGUCUGGAAAACUCUGUCGAAGUGUAAAAGAUUCGAGGUCACAUGACUGAAACGUGACCGUUUUGAUCAUCACGUGUAGCAGUCUUGUAGAUGGAUUUUAUGGUUUGCUUCCUCAAGUCUCCGUCUUUCAAGGUACCCCAGAGAAUAUGAUGAGCAGCGUGCCAUGUCUUAGACAGCAUGCUUUUGUCGGACAUCACAAGAUAAUGUGGCCAUGGUUCAAUGAGACUUGUGAGAAUCAAGGAAUUGAUAACUUGAUUCUGCCAAAUCUUGUUCAGCAAUGCCCGUGUCAUCCUUGGGCCAUUUUCAAAACUCUCUACAGUAUUAUGACUUGGGAGGAUAUACUGGUUAUCCAAUAUACUCUAACUCUGUCCUGUGCUUUUGAAUUUCCAAUUUUCAUCGUCUAAGAGUAAAAAGCACACUGACAUUUCGCAGGGUUACUUUUACGUCCGUCUCCUUAUCACUAUCUACAAGUUUGACAACAUUCACCCAACCGGCUUCUACGAUAACUACGUCAAUUCUAGGAUCCUUGACAACAAUCACCCAGCCGCCCUCUACCUUGGUUUCCACGCUUACUUUCACCUCCGUCUCAGUCUCAGUUUCCCUUACGACAUCUAUACAACCGGCGUCCACGUUUAUAUCGACUCAGCCCGGCGUAAUUACAACACUGACUCAAGCUGGAACGACCGUGAUUUCUACUGCUCCAGGUGGGUGUUUUCCAAGACUUCUUUUCUACUCUCAGGCUGUCUCUGGCGAGCCGACAUGCUCUUUCCUCUCAAAAAGCUUCUUCCCUCCAAAUUCUAUCUGGAUAUAUUAAUUCUUUACACAAUGAGGCUAACUCCUAUUUUUCAUAGGGCUCCCCACCACGAUUACCCUGCCGGGUACGACUGUAAUUCGCCCAGGGACUACUAUCGUUGGUCCAGGAAGCACUUUCACUCAACCUGGCUCAACUUUGACAUUACCGGCUUCAACGAUAUUAUCUACCUAUACUACAAGUCUUCUUGGGAUCCCAACCACCUUUACGCAAGCUGGUUCAACCAUAAUAUCCAUCCAACCAGGGCCUACUAGCGUCGUGACUUCAUUAUUUACCUUGCCUGCCAUUACACGGACGAUUCAAGGCCAAACCGGGACAAUUACAGCCACAGAAACGGAGACGGUUCAAGUAAUAUGUCCUAAACCUACAAAGAUGCCUUCGAACAGGCCUCAGCAUUUUGGUAAAUACGCUACUUGGGGAUGCUCUCCCGGAUAUGUGUGCUCUCCACCAAAGCCCGGUGGAUGCACAUUAUGGGCCGAGCCUCCAGAUGAUGAUUAUGAGUGCGAUGCUCAAUUCUGUAUUCCAAGCCCGGAUUUUGAGGACGUGAUUUGGCCAGCCAACAAAACCGAUUACUAUCCUCCUACAGAUGGAUAUUUCAAUCUCGAUCCUAACGCAUUUGGCCUUGAUUACCAGAUUUUCGUGACUAAGAUUGUUACCGAAUUCGUUUACUCCCCUCAAGGGAACAAGAUUCUCACCACUUAUACCAUUGGAGAUUACGCCUCAAGAACUGCGCUUAGCCACUACCCGCCACCAUCUGCUUCUACAGGCACCAUCGAAAUUCGCGAUGUUAAAUUAUCAAAGCGUGACUCCUCUAUAACUCCAGCAAUUUGCUACUCUACAUGCAAUAACUGUUUAAUCGAAGCACAGAAGGUUGGAAAAACAUCCGUCCUUUGCGCGUCGGGUUCUGCAUUCCUAGACAAUUAUGCCUCUUGCAAUGAAUGUGUCGACGAAAACAUGGAUACAACGAAGGUUGGCUUCCAAACGCAUGUUCAACCUAGGUUUGCUCAGUUCAUCGAAUACUGUUCAGCUCAGUCUCCCCAGUCCAUUGUUCAAGAAAGCACCAGCACAGCAACAGUAGUUCCAAUACAGGCUACCCAGGUGGCCGCUAUAUCCACGGCACCAACUCCAACUCUUAGUAUUACUAGCCAAGAACCAGCUGUUAGCGAUACGAGCCCUGUGGCUAUUCCAGCAAGCUCUCCAACAAGCAGCAGCAGUAGCAUCAUUAGCCUCAUCAGCAGCAGCAGCGUUGGCUCAACUCAAGUCUCCGCCAAUUCAGGAGUCGCAUCAUCAUCAUCAGUUGUCUCUGUCCCAACUUCUGUCUCCAGCUCUGCAUCAAGUACAGAGUCCGUUUAUCCACCGAGCAGCACCCCAAGCCCUACCCCAAUCUCUACCCCUAGCUCUCCUCCAAGCUCUACUCCAAGCUCUACUCCAAGCUCUACUCCAAGCUCUACUCCAAGCUCUACACCAUCGACUACAACAACCGGCGGCCCCAUUCAAGUCACCGGAUCAUCCUCACAAAUCACUCCUUCACUAAUGCUUCUCGCAUCAAUCCUAUUCAUUUCAAUUCUUUCCCUCCUUUCCUAGACGGACUAGGAUCUUUCUCAGUACGAAUUUACACAAACCUUACGAUUCACAACCAAGCCCUUUGCAAUUCCAUUCUCCACGAACCCGAAUUAUCCGCGUAUCAUGACGAAUCUUUUUUACGAUUUUUAUUUGGCCCUCAUCGAUGAGAUGAGGAGAACAUGAUACCCCCCACGAUCCUUUAGAAUUCUAUACCCAGAUGGCUGCACAGCAUUUGACUUGCUACGAUAUGAUACGAAAUGAUCCCCCACUACAUUCCUUUGACGGCCUGGUAUAGGACAUUAACGAACAAACGAAAAAACCUGAGAAUAUCAGAAUAAUGUUUUCUAAUUACACAUUCUUUAUGAGAUACUUGCUAUGAUAUGAGGGAAGGAUGGCGUUAAUUACUGGUAUGGGAUUUAAUG